AUGGUGUUGGAGAAUUCCAACUCCGUUUACAUGGCGUCCAUGCUUUCCACAGCGGAUUGGGUCAUGCUCUGUGCUUACUUUGUUGCAAUGGGUGGCAUGACCUUUCUUGCGUACAGAAAACAAAAAGAUCAGGACAACUCAGACGGUUACUUUCUGGGAGGUCGCACGAUGAACUGGGCGGUGGUCGGUUUAUCCCUCUUCGUGUCGAAUAUCGGAUCCGAGCACUUGAUCGGCUUAGCGGGAUCAGGUGCGUCGUCAGGCAUUUCAGUCGCGUCGUAUGAGCUGAACGCGGUUAUUAUUCUCCAACUGCUCGGCCACGUAUUUGUGCCUGUUUAUAUCGCUUCCGGAGUGACCACUUUGCCCGAAUACCUCGAGAAGAGGUUAAAGAGUAGAAGAUUGCCCGUGGUGUUUUCAAUUAUGUCGCUGGUCAUGUAUGUUUUAACGAAGAUUUCUGUGAACCUUUAUUCGGGCUCAAUAUUCAUGGAAAUGGCUCUCGGCUGGAAUAAAAUGGCCUCUUGCGGACUGUUGCUUAUUCUGACUGCUCUUCUGACCGUGGCUGGCGGACUGUCCGCAGUUAUGUAUACAGAUGCAGCUCAAGCUUUCAUCAUGGUAACGGGAAUGGUUCUAAUGACCGUUUUAUCGUGGAGACAUACCGGAUUGAGCAGCAUUGAGUAA